AAAAAUUAUAUAUUAAAUGAAGACCAAUUAUUUAAGAAAUUCCUUUGAAUAAUAUCAGCAAUAACCCUUUUACCAAUAUUCUAAGAAUUAAUUUGUAAACUAAACAUCGAAAUAAUCAUUUCCCAUAAGUGAAAAUUAUCAGAGUCAAUUGAUUCAAUUAUCAGUACAACCGAAAUAAAAUGCUUAAAGGAAGGCCUCAUAUUAAGAUGAAGAGGAAAAAAAAUAAUAGAUGGCCCAAGCUAUUCAACAGUAAAUUUAAAAUAAUUAAAACCGGGAUGAUUCAAUUUAAAAACCUUUUGUCGAUCAAUAUUCAUAACCACUCAAUGAGGAUGUGUAGAAGGAUUAAGACAUCAAAUUAAAUACUUUAAUGACCAAAUUCUUUGAUGUCGAAGUACCCAAUUUGAAUAAUGUUAGUAUAGCCUAUUUACUUGAAGAAUUAAAUAAAUGA